AUGCCCUUCUCUCAGCUUUUAACAAACAAAGAAUCAUUGAAGCAACUGAAAGAGGUGGAGGAGGAGGCAGAAAAGAUAUUCAAUAAGAAACAAUAUAAAAAAGAAGAAGCUAUCCAAAAACGGACAGCAUGUGAAGCCGAGAAGGCGCAGAAGCAAGAGGCACGAAAAAAAAAGGAGGAAACGGAACGUUUGAA